CCGAAGAGUUCACACUUGGCGUGCUGCAGAACAGCAUGCAUGUAUAUAUAAAAAAACUCUCGGGAGUGUACAUUAUAUUUAACAUGACGAUAAUUAUAAAUGUAAUGAAGUGACCUCUUCAUAUACCAGUCGUCGAUUCCUCAUUUAUAGCGCAUUAAAAUUUUCACGAAGUUAACACAGUGUUCCCAAACCAAAGUGUCUGCAAAAAGAUAACAAAGUGAGGUUAGGAAGUGUAAAUGUCUCAUAUGUAUUAUAUAUAGACACGUAUUGUUGCACGAGAGUACGACGCCUACACCGAAAAUAGAUAUACCUGGAGUAUGUGCAUACUUGUUCACGCACACUUUUAAUGCUUUAGUUUUUGUGUGCGACUUGGAGAACUCCGGGAAGUCAUAUGCUUUGAAGAAGUGGGUUACUUAGUAUCAGUUAAGGAACUCUCUUUACUUGGCUUUGCUCUCUCCUCUCUCUAUAGCCACAGUAGGACGAAUUCACGUAAAAGAGAUAUAUAAAUAUAUACAUAGAAGAAAGAGUGAGCAUAAGGAUACAGUUGCUCUUUUUUCUUCCAAAGGACGAAGCGGAGGCGCUCCGAAAGAGGCACAAUUGAACCAUGAUGUCCGAUCGUAAAGCCGAAUUAGAAAGGAAAAAGGCUAAACUUCAGGCCAUCAGAGAGGAAAAAGAAAGAAGGAGAAGAGAAAAAGAGCAGAAAGAUGUGGAAGAGGCAAGACUUCGGGCCUCAAACACGAAUAGAGAUCAACAAAAAGAAGUUGAUGCACUGUUGUCCUCUUUUGGUGUAGCUCCUGUUUCAGAAGUACUAUCUAGUUUAUCCAGUGCAAACUCCAUAGCUACUCCAGAGCAAAGUAUCAACGCAACUCCAGAUGCCAGUUUACAGCCAAGUAGUAUUAAUUCAACACAGAGUGUGCCCAAAAAACGAAAUCGCGAACUUACGAUAGUAUCGGUAGCCCACACGAACAUUCCACCCAAAGAGCCAGUUGUCUACACGAAGCAGACGCAAACAGCGCAGGUUGUCCACGCGAGCCACGACGGUGAGUGCGACUUGUUUCAUUAUUUCUAAUCUCACUUUAUUUCUUCCCUUUUUACGAUUCAAAUGUAUUCCCAAUUACAUCUAGAUACUGACAUAAAUACAAAUACGUCUUGGUAUACUAUAACAGAAAAGCAAUUUUUUUAUUUUUCUAUCUAAUGUGUCUUACUUGAAUCCUUGAUUUCUGUAUUUACUAUUUGUGAAUUCCGUGAUUUUACUGACAAACAGUUUAAUUCUUUGAUUGAAUACUAAUGUAUGGAAAGAUAUAACAGCAUAUUUGUUUCUAUAAUUUAAUAUAAUGUAAUUUAAUACAAUAACCUGUCCCCUAAU